UGAAAUUUUAUGGUUAGAGUUCACAACACAUAAAUAUUUACAAAAAUAAACUUUGUUGAUUAGAAGUGAAUUUGUUGUAGAGAAAAUGGACCAACAACCUAACGUAUAUAGAAAAAUGCUUUCAACAUCAGUCGCAAGUAUUCUCUUAGAACACGGAUGCGAUUCGGCCGACAAAGCUGCCUUGGAAACUUUAACCGAAAUGUUACAAGCUUUCCUGGCAGAGAUCGGAGCCAUGAGCAAAAGCUACUGCGAAUUGGCAGGUAGAGUGGAACCCAUACUUGCAGACGUUAUCCUGGGUUUUGUUGAAAUGGGUUUCAACUUCAAUACCCUGGAAAACUACUAUAAGAAUGGAAAACAUUCUGUUUUACCUUCCUUGCAACAGCAACAGCCACAGAAACAACUCAGUAUGCUCCCGGCUGGUACGAAACAACCAUUGCCCCCACACAUUCCACAGUACUUGCCUCAGUUUCCCGAUCCUCACGCCUACGUUAGAACACCUACACAUAAACAACCGGUGAUUGAUUACGAAUCUGUGAGAGAAAAGGCAGCUAUUCAGAAAAGAGACAUCGAAAAGGCUUUGACAAAAUUUUUGGCAAAAACUAGUGCGACACAUAACCUGUUUGAUACUGAUGAGGCAAACAUAUUUCCAUUAAUAGCAUCCAAGCCGGCUUAUCCUCCUUAUCUCAGUGCCCUUUUGCCUCAGGACCAAAUUUUCGAUCCGGAAGACCUGGACUUCGACCCCAAAAGCCAAAUCAUACAACAGCAGAAAAAUCAUGACCGGGCGAAGAAGAAAAUCAAGCCAGAGAUUAAAGAAGAAAUGGAGGAGCCUGACGAGACCAUGAACGAGUCAAGAACCAGCGAAUCAGAUAAUCCGAGUGGGAUGAAUUUCAUUGAUAACCCCUACCUGGCUGCUACUAAGUUACCAGCUGGUCAAGCUAUGGAUACCUAUUGAUACUUCAUUAUCGAUUGAUGGACUGCAUGGAUUUUAAUGUAGUUUGAUGUUCUGAGAUCUUGUAGGCUCUUCAUUUGUCAAGGACAAAAACUUUUCUCAGGUUACAGUCCAGUUAAAUAAAUCUAGAUCAGGUGUU